AUGGAGCCAGAUGUACAAAUUCCUUCAACGUCCAGUACACCGAUGGAGACUGAUGAUAUCGUGCCACCAACGUCUGCCAUACCUUUCGCUGUGCCACACACACCCCAUAACGCCAAAGCGCAACGACAAAGUAUGUAUAGAAAACGUAAGGCCGCGGAAAGAACUCCUGCAGAGGCAGCAGAUUUUGCAAAAGCAGCCGCCGAAAGACAACGUAGAUGCAAGCAACGUAGACUCGCCAACUCAGCUCUUGACACCGGCACACUAGAACAGCGUAGAGCUGCUCAAAUUGUUUCACAAAUAAGUACUCCACCGACUCACACAGCAGUGCAACCGGAACAAUCAACCUGGAAUAUCAAAUGGUCGUCGUCAAUAAAGAGGUUUAAAACUACAUUUCUGGACAACGAAUUUGGCCACGCUUGCUCUGUUUGCGACCGAUUGUGGUUCAAGAAUGACCUUAAAAUCAUCACUGCUGCACAACUACAGGUCAUAUCGGAUUGGUUCGUUAAGGAAAAUAGGCAACUACGCGAGGAGGAUUAUACGCAUAUUUGCAACACCUGUAGAUUUUCGCUGAACAAACAUAAGAUUCCUACCCUUGCAAAAGUGAAUGGCUUCUCAUAUCCAGAAAUACCUCCUGGCUUACCGCCACUGGAUCCAAUUAGUGAACGAUUAAUCUCACCACGUCUGCCAUUCAUGCAAGUGCGUCGUCUGCGGCAUGACUUCUCUUAUGGAAUUAUUGGUCAAGUGAUCAACGUUCCAGUCAACGUAGAAGACAUGGUAAAAUGCUUGCCCCGGCAUUUAGAUGAGGACGACGUCAUUAAUGUCAACAUCAAACGGAAUCUCGCACACAAAACAAAUUACAUCAGUGGCUACAUGUCCAAAAGGACAAUCAAAGAAUGGUUGGAUGUACUUCAAAAUUCAAGUCUAUAUCGCUUGUACGAUAUCAAAGUAGAUUUGUCAAGGCUGCAAACUGUCGUGCCACCAGAGGAAGAUUUGCAGGAUGACUCGGCUCAUCGAAUCGAAACAAUCGCCGCCGAGUGUACUCCGGAGUCAGAAAUUCUUGCUUCCAGGCAGCAUACACUACUGUGGAACGAAGAGGAUUGCCUCGAUAUCGCACCAGGACAUCGGGCCAUGCCUCUGAACAUCAUUUACGAUCAUCAUGCUGAAGAACUAUCAUUUCCUGCAAUAUACUACGGCCAGCCUCGUCGCUUUCACAUGGGAGUUUCAGUGACACCUUACAUGAUGGCAACCAGUGAAUUACGACGAAGUGACAGACGCGGAGCCACGCCUCAAAAAGUCUUGUACGUUGCUAUGAAGAUUCUACGUCUCCGCAUGGUGGAUGGCAUUUACAGCACAUUUCGGAAUGUGUCAACCACGGAAAACGUAACUCGACGCAUGUUGGAGGACCCGGAAUUUCUUAAAGAAUUUGUCGUUCAAAAUCUUGCCUUCAUGAAGUCAGUACCUUCUAUGCGGUGA